CAGUUUGGAUUGAAAUUAAAUGUGAUCUCCACUUAGUUUUCUGUGUUGUGCAGCAGCCUUGCUGCUCUCAGUGUCCUUAAGUUCCAGCCAAUCACUGAUGAUCUAGGAUAUGUAACGCCUGUGUUUUAAGGACAAAUCUUUCACUUGAGUCAGUACAGCACUAGUAGAGCACCGAAACGCAACAAUGUUGGCAAGAGUUUUUGCUAUUACAAUUCUUAUUGGGUCAUCGAUGAUUGACACCAAAGAGGUUCCUCGUAUCGUCUCUUUGAAAACAGCAAGACUUGGAGAUAAUGUUACUUUACAUUGUGGUGCUGAAAAGGAAAGUAGAAAUAUGCAUUUCUGGUACAAGCAAUUGAUUGGAUAUGUUCCCCAAGCGGUCGCUUCAAUAGUGUAUAAGCGUGGUCAAAUUUUCCCUCCUUUCGAUUCAAGUUUCACUGCAGCAGAACCAGACAUGGAUCUGAACAUUAGAUCUGUGAGUAAAGAAGAUGAAGCAAACUAUUUCUGCCAAGAGCAUUAUUCAAAGAAUUGGAGUGGAAUUUUUUUGUCUGUCAAAGAUCCCAAUGAACAGAGGUUUGUCUCCCAGACUGUGGUCCAACAGCCUGUGUCUGCAUCAGCUCAGCUGGGAGACCCUGUGGCUCUCCAGUGCUCUAUUACCUCCCAGAGGACGGACCCCAGUAACCAGUGCCAAGGGGAACCCAGUGUGUACUGGUUCAGAUCAGGACCAUCUCACCCUGCUACCAUUUACAUGAAUGUUAACAGGAGUGGUGAAUGUCAGAAUAGUUCUGGGCCUCCGUCUGCUCCACAGAGCUGUGUCUACACUCUCCCCAAGAACAAUGUAGACUCCUCUGAUGCUGGGACCUACUACUGUGCCCUGGCAGCAUGUGGGGAAGUUGUGUUUGGAAAUGGGACCAAGCUGGACAUAACAGGACCCAAGUUGGUUUUUUUAGUUACCGUGGUUCUUGGAAUACUGUUGGCUUGCUGUCUGGUUGUGAUUAUAAUCCUGCUUCUAACCAGAAAUAAAAAGCCAGUUUGUGAGUAUUGCAAAGGAACACUGGGUGCUUCCUACUCUGUCCCACACGACUCAGUGAUUCAGGAACCACAGGACGGGGAAACUGAUACCUUGAACUACGCAGCGUUGGAGUUCUCUGGCAGGAAAACCAGAGGAAGAAAGAAGAACAGUGAAAGGACUCAGGAGAGUGUGUAUUCUGCUGCAAGAGAAACCGGAGACGGUACAGCGCAAGUCCAGCACAAAAAAAUCACAAUGUUAGCAAGAUUGUUUGCUAUGAUACUUCUAAGAGAGGCAUUGCAGAUUGAGACGCAAGAGAUUCCUCGUUGGAUCACUGUGAAUACUGCUGAACUUGGAGAUACUGUUAGUCUAGAUUGUGCAGCUUUACCAGACGAUAGUGUAAGGAUUUACUGGUAUAAGCAAUCUCUUGGAUAUGUUCCCCAAACAGUCGCUGCUAAAACAUAUGAAAAGAUGACAUUCAAUCCACCCUUUCAUUUGAGAUUCACAGUGGGAUCGGACUUUAAUUUGACAAUCAGAAACGUAACUAAAGGCGAUGAAGGAAACUAUUUCUGUCAACAAGGUGUUUUGAACAGUUGGAACAAGGGCACAUUUUUAUCUGUGAAAGAUCCCAAUGACCAGAGGUUUGUCUCCCAGACUGUGGUCCAACAGCCUGUGUCUGCAUCAGCUCAGCUGGGAGACCCUGUGGCUCUCCAGUGCUCUAUUACCUCCCAGAGGACGGACCACAGUAACCAGUGCCAAGGGGAACCCAGUGUGUACUGGUUCAGAUCAGGACCAUCUCACCCUGCUGCCAUUUACAUGAAUGGAAACAGGAGUGGUGAAUGUCAGAAUAGUUCUGGGCCUCCGUCUGCUCCACAGAGCUGUGUCUACACUCUCCCCAAGAACAAUGUAGACUCCUCUGAUGCUGGGACUUACUACUGUGCCCUGGCAGCAUGUGGGGAAGUUGUGUUUGGAAAUGGAACCAAGCUGGACAUAACAGAAACCUACCCUCAUCUGGUUACCGUGGUGCUUGGAAUACUGUUGGCUUGCUGUCUGGUUGGGAAUAUAGUCCAAUUCAUAGCCAGAAAUAAAAAGCAAGUUUGGGAGCAUGGCAAAGGAAUACUGAGUUCCUCUGACCAUGUUGCAACUGACUCAGUGAUUCAGGAACAACAGGACAGGGAAACGGAUUCCUUGAAUUACGCAGCGUUGGAUUUCCCUGGCAGGAAAACCAAAAGGGGGAAAAAGAACACUGAACGGACUGAGGAGAGUCUGUAUUCUGCUGUGAGAGAAACGCGCCACUAAAGAACAGUGAACGGACUGAGGAGAGUCUGUAUUCUGAUGUGAGAGAAACGCGCCACUGAAGUCCAUCAACCAGGUCCUAGUAUAGUUUGAUCUGGUGGAUGAUCAUGUGCAUUACAUUUCUAAAAGGGAUAAAAAGCUAAAGUUAAGAUAUAAGAUACAAUAAAUAAUAUGAUUCUGACAAAGCACAAAUAGCACAACUGUGUACAGCACUGGAAGGGGGUUCGGUUCAAACUAUUUUCUUUUUUUUAAUGGAGAUGAUGAAGCAUAUCAUCUUGGGUUUCUAAUGUAGACACUGUCAGCCAUUGCAAAUAGACCAAAAAUGCUUGCAUUGUGUGCAAUUUUCAGUAAAAUUCUCCUUUUGAUCAGAUCAAAUUGCUUCAUUUGACUAA